AUGAAUCUACUGCCUUCGUCAACAGUUCGGUUAAUCGCGAGUUCGCAAGUGAUUACCUCCGUGAGCUCGGCAGUCAAAGAGCUCAUCGAGAAUUCGCUUGAUGCAGGGGCAACAAGCAUCGAAGUUAAACUGGUGAGUGAAAAGAUUAGGGAAAUCUCGCACAUCUCCGAAUAUUAUUCCUAUAUGCAAUGCUUAGAUACCAUUCCUUGGGGAAUAAGAAAAAGCGGAUAAGAAAAUUUUUCUCUUCUUCUGCUACAUGUAUAGGAAAAAUUGCUAUUUUUAAUCAAACAUCAAUGAGAUCAGAGUAUUUUUGUCUUACAUGUACAUGUGUUUCAGGAUAGAUGGGGAUUGGAAAGAAUAGAGGUUCGUGACAAUGGAUGUGGAAUAAAACCUGAAGAUGCCCCAUUUGUGGGUGAACCCCAUUAUACUUCAAAAAUAUCAAACGAUGAUGAUCUGAAAUCUCUUCAAACUUAUGGGUUCCGUGGUGAAGCCUUGGGAUCUCUGGCUUCAGUAAGCAAUGUGUCUGUUUUAACCAAGACAGAAUCUGAUGAAGUUGGCAUGCUGUAUACUCUGCAACGCAAUGGUAAAAUAGAGGCAACCCAGCCUAAACCAACUGCCACUGGUACGACUGUUGUAGCAUCAAAUUUAUUCAAAAACCUUCCUGUGAGGAAACAGUUUUCCAGCAACAAUAAAAAGUGCAAAGAAGAGUUGAAAAGAGUUGAGGAUUUGGUGAUAGCGUAUGCGUUAGUGCACCCUUCCCUGCGGAUUUCCUUGCGUCACAAUAAGACUGUCAUCUGGCAAAAGAGUAAAGUUUCAAAUCAUAAAACAGCUCUGUUGUCUGUUUUUGGAACUGCAUUAUUGGCACAAAUGGGAACAAUAGAAUUUCAUGACGAGAGCCAUUGCAACAUUCGUGUGCUUGGGUAUCUUCCCAAACCAGGGUCUGAUUCAGAGCUUACUGGACGUGCAGUGAAUGAUAGAUGUUUUGUCUUUUUUAAUGGACGGCCUGUUAAUAUGAAGCAAAUAUCACAGGUAAGUUUAAUGAUGCACAUCUUUUGUGCAAUCCUAAAAUGACUCUAUUGAACAAUCUCUGUACAGCUGUACAUUGUAUAGUACAGUACCAAAACAGCCUAAUUGCCACAACUUCAAGGGCUUUUCUGACAUAUUCAACACACUUUUUUUUAUGCAGUUACACCCUGGCAGUUGUACAGAGAAAAUGAGUGUUACUUUAGAUUAAAAUAUAAUACGUACAUACAUUACAUACAUAUAGAUACAUACAUAUAUUUAUUCAAAUAAGCGCCCAACCGCAAAUUAGCUCCCACCUCGAAUAAGCGCCCACCCCCACGCCACCCCCUUUCACCUCCCAACCAAAAAAAAAUUGAAUAAGUGCCAAUAGGAGACUUCCCCGAAGACAGAGUUUUCUUCAGAGUAUUUUACAGAAACCUUCCUUUGUUACAUCUUCGAGUUUUGUUAUUACCAUUUAUUGUAUUGUUACAAAAUAAAUAUAAUAAGCGCCCAGCCUCUAAUAAGUGCCCACCAGAGCUUAGUACAGUGUAUCAGGUAACUUGUGCCACAGAUGAAACCAACUAUCCUUGUUGUGGGCCCCCCAGCUGUGUACCAGGAUGUGAAAGUACACUAUUGUUGGCCAUUAUUUAAAAUUCCUUUGUUGAUUUUUCAGCAACGCUGAAAGGAAGUUUUUGAAACACCCUUCCAGAAUUUUUUUUGUGUCUGUUGCAGGCCCUAAACAAGGAUCUCUCCACUACUUUGCCAACAUUACUAGCCAGGUUAGAUUAUGUACAGUACACUGUAUAGGAAACAGGCUAAGAAUUGGGAUACCUCUCUUUUACCACAGGUGAUCAAGCAGUACUACAACAGUCACACAACUGGUGCAUCAAACAGAUAUCCUGUUGCUUUUCUGGACAUUACAGUUCCUCCAGAUGGCUUAGACGUCAACCUUGAACCUAACAAAACUAGUGUUUUGUUGACAAACAAAGAAGAAGUCAUGACUCUGUUGACCAAUCUGUUGGAGGAAUUUUAUUCUGAUGAAAAGAACAAAAUUUCUGACAGAACAUUAACUGGAACCCAUACUAGCAAUGGUGCUGAAAAGGGAGAUUGUCCUUCACAGAAUGAGUGUGGUAUUACUGAAAAUGUUUGUAAUGGGAAUGUUCGUGGUAUACAUGUAAGGUCAAGUGGAAUUGCAAAUGCAGUUGGUGAAUGUAGUGUCACAGAGGCUUGUAGGCCAGCUGAAAAAGUUGCUAAUGGUACACCUUGCUCUUUAAGUAUGGAAAAUAGCCAGCAUGAAAACUCUAACCUUCAAAGUUCACUGUUUGAGAGGACAGUAGAAUGCAACAUAGAGCACAGUACAUGUAAGUCAGCAGAGAAUACAUCAUGUAAUGUUGACUUUCAUCCAAACAAUGCUGUGCAAAGCAACAUUACCGACGGCAUCAGUAAAAGUUGUUCAACUUUCAAAUCAUCUCAUGGUAAUGAAGAGUAUACAUGUAACAAUAACUCUGGCGAAAUGCAGAAAAGUGUGGAUCAGGCCACAACCUUAACUUGUCAUAAAGAUACUUGUACAAAUGCAGGGCAACUCUGGGGUACAAUAAGUGAUAAGUCUUUGUGUGCAAUCAUUGAUCUGGGGCUUGAUGUCCUCAACACAUCUAGAAAUACGACAGUAGGAAAUGGCUUGGUACAUGCACAUCACGAUUCUGACAAACAUGACAGCUCUGUGGGACAGACAAGUAGUGAUGAUAUCCAAAGCAUUGAAUCUUCAGGGAGAAAUAUGCUCAGUAACAAGGACAACUCAAAAGCAGGCAUUUGUGCAGAAAAAGUGCAGGAUGUGGAAGAGUCAACAUGCAAGCCUUCCCUGAGUAGGUCAGUUGAGGAUUUGUUUUCAGAUGACCUUAGUGAUGAUCUCUUCGAUGAUUUAGACUUGGAAGUCAGUGGUGUGAACUGUAAUGACAGAUCAUCCACUUUGGUAAGACAUGUUAAGACUGUAGAGAAAUCUAAAGAUAAAGAUUUCCCUGUGUCUUCUUCAAACAAGGAUUCUGUUUCCCUGGAGAAAUCUGUGGUCCCAGGUUCAUCUGACACAUCCGAUGCAAAAUGUAGCGAGAAAGACUGGAGUAAGGGACAUGGAAUUGUGGAUAAGCAAGGAAAGCCUGUUGAGGUACAUUGUAUAAUUAUUUAUGAACCCUUUAAGCCCCAGUAUCCACAUACAAAUUCUCCAAACUGAUCUCCAUACAUUUCCUUAAAUAUAUUAGCUGAGAGAAUUUGAUAAAAGAUCAAGGCAGUUUCUCUUGGGUGAUCGUUUUAUUAAUUCUUGUAACUUAUCUCUUGACAGUGUAUGGAUAUUGUUAAGAGAAAAUUGAUCUUGGUCACUAUUGAGACUUAAAGGGUUAUAGUACUUGCUAUCUGUCUUCUCAUUGGCUGAGAACCCAUAGUUGCUUUUGGAAAUCGGUGCAACCUUCAGAUUUGUUAGUUACAUUGUAUCUGCUAGCAGACAACUGACUAAUCUGUAGGUUUCAUGUGCAAUGCAUUGUUUUCAAGAGCAAUGUCAAACUGUGUUUCGUUCAAAGGUGUGUUUGUCAUUUAACCAAUGAAAGAGUAAAACUACACCUUAUAUUACACAGGUGCUAAAAUAUCUAACUGUACUUAAAUAAGGUAAAGUAAGUUAAGGUUUGAAGAAGUCAUCUAAAACUUGUUACAUUUUCUAACUUCGUAUUCUCUAUACAUGUACACUUUAUACAAUAAGUUGUUUUUAUUUUCAAUUUUAAGCCUGUUUGCCUCAUUACACCUGGUCCUCCCAACAAACAACCUUCAGCUGCCUGCAACUAUAAGACUCCAGUUACUCCACUUCAUGGAAAAAGAAAACAAUCCUCUUGUCAGGUACAGGAUGUGAAAUUGUGCAAUUACUGUAACAUGAUGGUAGAAAAUACAUGUAGAAAGGAAGCAGAAAAGAUCUCUGGCAGGAAUUUUGUAGAAGUGCCAGAGUGCCUAAAUUUCACACAAUGAAAAUCUGUCUCUAGAUGCCAUCUUGGAUUUCAAGAAGAUACACUGUGCAGCUGUGUAACUCCCUUGUAGUGUUUACUUUUAGCAACUAAUUUUUAAUGGAGGAAGUAGCUAGACCACUAUGAAAUAAUUUUCAAAGACGCCAUUAUGCCUCCCAAAAAAAUAGGUAAUUUCAUGCUCUAGCUUGGGUGUGGUUUGUAUUCCAUCUUUGUGUAUAGCUUACUCAUAGUACGGUGUAUUCUCCAGACAUGACAUUAUUCAGUCUAGCCUUCUGAUAGGGAGCCAAAACUACUAGGCAGUUUUCCUGGAUUUCCAAGAGGUCACACUUUUGCAGUAAACAAGUCCAAUGUUAGGCAAAUUAUAGGUCUUCUCGGGGUAGUCAUAUUGGUAACUCCCUUGUGCACUAUUUAACAUAUUUCGUCUCAAAAUAAAUACUGGUACAGUGCUUGUUGCACUUUUUUUUUUUUAAAAAUUGAUAACAAUUGUACCUUUCUCUAUUUCUCCACAGUUAAGGUUAUCUCUGUCUAAUAAGAAGAUCAAGAAAAUUCCUGAGGUUUGUUUGGUCACUAACUCUCACUCUUAUCAUUUAAUCUGCAAAGGGUACUGUGCAUGUAUAUCCAAUCAGGGCAGUUGUAGUAAUUUGCUAGUAUUAGUUUUAAAAUGUUUGAUGGAAGUGAAUGACUUUUCCCCUCCUCAGUAAUUGUAAAAUACAUGCGGAAAGAACCUCAAUAAAUAACCUUGUUAUAGAGAGUAUUAUUUUGCUAGUUCUUGACCCUUUUGUUAUAAGUUCGAAGUUAGAAGUUCCACUGCAUUUCAGGCAAUCUUACUUUUGGGCCAUUCUGUUUUCAGAUCACAAACCAGCCACUGAUAACCAAAAUAAUGUCACCAAACCCAAUGCAGAGAAAAGUUUUGUACAAGAAGGAGAAUAUUCCAUUUUGUUUAGCUACUUUGAAGCAGUCACAAGAUGAAAGAGGGAAAGAUCAGAGGUACAAGUGUGUAGAAUUAUAAAAGUCUCUCUGUUUUUUUUUUUUUUUCAUCAAUAUUAUUUGCUUCUCAGCAUACAAACCCAGGAAGGGAUGUUGAAUGAUAAAAUCCAAGACAGGAGGUCUUUGUUGCAAAUGAUAACCUACUUUUCCACUUCAGGGGCCACAAUAAUAGCCUGCUGGUUCUAAAACUGUACAAUUUGCAUGACUAUUAAAUCAUCGUCACAUUCUGAGAGAUUAAUAAACAAUUCUGACUGUGAUUACUUGUAUUGGCAAAUGUUAUCAACUUUUUGCCCCCUGAAAUACUGUGUGACUUUACUUUAAUCCCAUCGCUCCUAAAGCAUGUGCAAAGAUGGCAGGUAUCAUGAAUAAGAUCUAUUACUUAGUGCACUCUUUCUUUACAUUUAAUAAUGGACUCUAGCACUGUUUUUAAGUUACCUUACCAGUGUUACCAAAACAUUCUAAGAAAUCACAUUUUACUUGUACAUGGGUAGUGUUUAUUUGCAUUUGACACGCAUGAACUGUACAUUGCGAUUGUAUCUGCAGAUCCGAACAAGAGGAAACCAAUUCAGAUCAUUUGAUUGGUCGACUGGAUCCCUGGGGUGUGUGGCUAAUUAAGAGGGGAACCGAUAUUGUUUGUGUCAAUCAAUACAGGUAAGUAAUGAAUUCUGCUUUCAGCUGCUCAUUCCAGAAUAGUUAGUAAUACUUGGGUCAUGAGUUGUCAAGGACCUUAUUCUUGCUAUUAGUUUCUGCAAAUACACUGAGAAUAUCAAGGGGUGAUCAGGGUCCGAAAUUGCGCCUUCCUGGUCGCCAAUGCGACUAAAAAUUUAGUCCUGGCGACCAGAAUUUCAUAGCUGGUCACCAGCUAGCGACUUGUAAAGCUGAUUGUUGUUGUGGACUUAAACGUUCAGAGAAACUGAUUAAGAUUGAAACCUCAAAGCUAUUUGCCAACAGCUGUCUUACUUUUUGUCCUGCUGAUAUUUUUUAAUUAAAAGUGAAACGAAUCUUCCUGUAAUAAUACCUCCGCAACACUUACAAUCAAUACGAGUUGAGCGUUUCCAAGCCACCAUGUUGUUUUCAGCUGAAAUACGGUAAGUACGUUAUGUAUCUUGUGGACUGGUACGAGCAAUGUGGCACAGUUGUGGCCUGGUACGAGCAACAUGGCGGCUAUGUUUCGUGGUAGUUAUCGGAAGAAAAUAGAGUUUUGAUAUGAUCAGUGCAGUCAUGAGCAGACAGCUUUCUGUUCCUACGUUCUAGGCCAGAUAGCUUUACAUGUAUAUCUCCAAAAAGUAAUUUGUGGAAAAAAUAAGACUUCACUUGUACAUGUACAGUUGCUCUCUGGCAUCGGGAGCGGAAGUACCAUGCAUUUUUUAUUCGUAUUUAAACUUUUAUUUGAAAAAAAGGGAGGGGGAAUUUUUGGCGACCAAAAAUUUAUACUUGAUCGCCAGCUGGCGCUCGAAUUAAAAAGUUAAUUUCGGACCCUGGUGAUGCUGUCGUACACUAGCCUCCAAUUGUACCGUAAAUCAUCUAUUAACCCUUUGAGUCCCAAUAGUGGCCAACAUCAAUUUUCUCCUAACAAUAUCCAUAUGUUGCCAAGAGAAAUAGUUAUGAGAGUUAACAAAAUGAUCAGUAAAGAGAAAAUGCUUUGAUCUGUUAUCAAACUCUCUCAACUAAUUCUUUAAAGAAAUGUAUGAAGAUCCGUAUGGAGAAUUUAUAUGUGGAUAUUGGGGCUUAAGGGGUUAAGCCCCCCUCUCAAAUUAGCCCCAUCCCUCUAAUAAGCCCCCCUAAUUAUUCUUCACUAAUAAAUGGUUGACUUCAUUAAUCAAUCAUGACUGAAAAUAUUUGUGUAAACUGAUCUGGUAUGGUUUACAUACCAACUGGAAGUUUGGAUUUGAUUCUGAUCCUUGGCUACAUGACUCCAACCUUCUUGUACUUUGCUUUUCCAAUUUGUACAUUGUGUAUUCUAGUUCUUUAUGGAGAACUGAUACCAUCGUCGUUUCUAAAUUAAAUAAGCCUCCCCCUCUCAAAUAAGCCCCUAGUCUCUAUUAAGCCCUGCCUCAAAUGGGCUUAAAAGAGCAUUUCUGGUAUGUAGGUUUGAAUACCAGCAGAAGCAGUGCUUUGUUGCAAUGAUUUGUUGUUGUUGUUGUUGUUGUUGUUGUUUUUCAGGGGUAUACUCUUUUUGGUUCUAAACUAAUUCAAAUCGCCACUAUAAAAAGAUUCAAAAGCCUACAUUUAAGGCACUAGCCCUUUGUCAGGCCAAAAAAAACUAAAGGACCCACCCUGACAAAGAGCUAGUGCUUGAAAUGCCAGCUCUUUCUUUAUGGUAGUAAAUUGACUUAUACAUAUCAAGUGAUUAAAACAAUUUUUUCUUCCUUACCAUUGAAUGGUCACGGUGUCUUCUGAAAAUACAGAUUUUUUUUAAGAGAUUUUUUCUCUCUUAUCCUUUCUAGCCCCAGUGUACACCUCAACAUUCUCCAGAGUGAUCUCUAUAUAUUUCCGUGAACAGUUGAGGAAAUUAAUUUUUAAAAGAUCGAACCUAUUGGUGAUCAUUUAUUGUUAUUAGUUCUCAGCACAUUUUUUUCUUGUUGGUGGGAUGAUAUUUUUAGGCGAAAAUUGAUGUUAGUCACUCUUGGGACGUGAAGGGUUAACAAACACCUCCCCUAAACUAGUGCACAGUUAUCAUGUGUUCUUUUUACUGCAGAAUACAAGAACAACUACUUUUUCAACGUCUGAUGGAAUGUCAUUCCCUUCCCAAAGAAAUUAUGAAUCCUCCAAUUGCUUUAAAUGAGAGGUAUGCAGAACUGAAAAUAUACAGUACAUGUAUUUGUUGCAUGAACUAAACUAUGUGGAACUCAGAUGGUAAAACCAAUUUAGUUUUGUUGUUGUUGUUGUUGUUAUAUUCCUCCCCCAUCAAUUAUGCAGUGCCGCAGUUUCUUUAGCCUGCGAAAACAUCCGUUUCUCCUCGCUCUUCGCCGCUGGGGACGUUUCGCGCGGAGGAACGUCCGCGGCUCAGCAACAGAAAUAGGGACUUUAAGAUCCAACGACGCGACGGCGACAAAAACAUCGCUUAAAAACUGAUUAUGCGUUCUUUCAGUCUUUAUAGAGAUUAUUCCCACCCACUUACUUUGUCAAUUGUAGGCGAACCCUCCUGAAGCUGAAUUUCAAGGGACCAUAGCCAAGCUCAAAAAGAGAAAUAAAAUUACGUCAUUGCUUGUUUACGUCCUCCAUAAAACGCGAAAUUAGACAUUUUCACGUCGCAGUCUUGCAAAAACGGGAAAGAAAUGUACAAAAAAGUGUGAUGCACGUGCGAAAUUGCGGUUUUGCUAAUUAAACCUAUUGUUUUUUUGACGUUCUCGUUGUCGUCCGCGUCGUUGGAUCUUUAAGUCCCUAAUUCCAUACUGAUGAGGCAAAUCAAUGUUUACGUAAUAAAUCCGGCAGUCAUGGGGUUCCAAAUAUAAAUUUGUCCAAUUUUACGUGUCGUCUGGUCGAUUUUGGUAAAGUGUUGUCUGCCAACGAGCUCCAGCAAAUCUCAAAUGCUUUUUCUAGAGAAGACUAUUUUCCACAAACAUUGACUGUUUUGUUAGAGAUUCUUCGCGUUUACAUUUGACCUUUGUGGCCUUUUGUCUUUUGUCUGUCAUUCGUAAACAAUAGCUAAAACAAUCCAACUACUCCGUCGACCAAUCAUCUCUUCUGACCGGAUUCCGGACAGAUUUUACGUCAUCAGUAUGGAAUUUCUGUCGCUGAGUCGCAGACGUUCCUCCGCGCGAAACGUCCCCACCGGCGAAGAGCGGGGAGAAACGGAUGUUUUCGCAGGCUACAGUUUCUUUUGUAACUAACCCUUUGUUAGAGACCUUUUAGAUUCGAGGACGAGCGCGACUACGAGCACAAGAUUUGAGUUUAAGUUUUUUUUGCGUAUUGUCAAACAAUAGACACCCCAGAAUGCUUCAUUGCACCUUUUUUCACUAGAAAAGUUGGCAUUGUUAUCAUUAUUGUAGGUGGUUAAGCCCUCUCCCGAUCGCAAAAUAAAACUUCUAACAUUUAAUAACUUGUUUCCGCCACUACGUCAUUUUCGCUAAAAGUCGUAGUAGACUGACGACUGCCAUCACGUAUUCUCGCCGAAAUGACGCUGGCGCACGUGCGAGAACUACUUAGUAUUGAGAAAUUCUCUUACUCCUAGUCCUCGUCUUGGAAUCUAAAGAAUUAAGAUCUCUAUUUAUGAAGACUAAACCUAUUGCGCAUUUCACUAGAAACAUUCUGUAAGAUUCCAUAUUUUGUACUUACAGUGUAAGUAGAAUCCUGAGCGUUAUAACAGCUUGCGCAUCUGACAGGAUCAGCAGGCAAGUGCUGUAUUCUUUGGCCGCGGAUCCACGAGAGGAUUGGGGACAAGUCAAAUCUGCGAGAAUCCCUCGCGGCUCCACUGCUUGCUUUGCAUGGCUGCUCAGCUGCCAAGAAAGUACUGAGGCAUAAUAAUCCAGCCAGCUACACAGACUACAUGAAUAAGAGAACCAGAUAAUCUCAGUACCCACUGCAUAAGAAAACCAGAGCAAGUAUCCUACUCCCCCACCCACCACCCCUACGGGUUAAAUCACUUAACAUCAUCAGACCUUGCUUAGAGUACAUGUAUAUUCUUGUUACACAUGUAAAAUGUAUGUUACCUAAUAGUUAGUCUGUUCGUUCCUCUUCUUGUUACAAGAAUUGUUGGUGGUCCUGAAUGCUGGAAGACACUGCUUGGCAUGAGAAGCAAGUGUGACCCCCCAAAUACAGCAAGGUACAAAUACAUUAGCAUACAUGUAAUUCCCUCUUGAAGAAGGGAUAAAAUUGGCGGUCAUUUCCUUCGUGUUUUCGGUUUAGGGCCUUCAUAGCUAAUAAGAUCUUGACUUACUUAAAUUAAAACAUAACCACCAAUUUUAUCCCUUCUUCAAGAGGGAAUUCAGUUAAAACCUCCAUUAAGCGGCCACCCUCGGGGUACCCCUUGGGAUACCGUCAGGUGGCCGCUUGAUGGAGGUUGGCCGCUCAAACACGCGACAGUAGCGGUAUUACUGGUUCACAAUCAAUCAUCACCUUCUAUCGUGAAGUGUAUGUUUCUUCAUAUUUCUUUUAAAAACUCCAAACAUAUUGUAGGAUGACUCUCUUUGGGUUCAUGAUGAGGCCGAAAGGUGGCAGCGGUAGCUUGGUGGAGAUGGUCGCAUAAUAGAGGUUUCAUUUACGGUUCUUUUGUACAUCAUUGCGGCACUCUCAGUUGAUUACUGACAGGAAGCUGCUUACAGUCUGUACCAUCAACUGACGAUGCACCGCUCACUUUUACCUCGAUGAUGACUUCGGCACAGGUUGUCGAAAUAUAAGUCAUUACCAAUAAGUCUUACUCUUGACUAUCCUUACCUAAACGGCAAUAAUUAUUCUACAAACUUUUAUUACAUAACAAAGUAAAGCGCGCGCUCUGAUUGGUCAAUUACCCAUUUGCUAUUUGCUCGUGGGUGAAUGAUGACGAAAGCUAGCGGGCAUCUUUCGUGCUUAGUAACCUCAAGCGUGCAAGUAUAACUCAAUAGUACACACUGAGCCAUUUACCAUUCGUUAAAUAGUCUCUUCCAGGCGUUCAGAUAGUGGAAGCGGGCAAAAAUAAAGAAGAAUAGAGGGAGAGAGGAGGGAGCUCCCUUCGCUCUCACCCCCUACCCCACCCCUCACUGUUUUUUCUGCUCACAACUUUUUGUGCCGUUCCCACAAUCCUUUCAACGCCUAGGGCGGGCCUAACAAACGUAUGACUGUCUUUGUUGGUUCAGAGCCAUAAAGAAACGAGACAAAACAUUUGUUUCUGCGAGAUUUUGCAGUGUAGUACGGUGUUAAAAUGGAAGAUUUUUGAUCUGCAGGAUUCAAAGCUAAUCCUUUCUUACACAUUUGUGUUAGAUUUAUUGACGACGAGCGAUUAACUGCGAACGGAUUUGACGUUUGUUUGAAGACUGGUAAGUGUGCAUUACUGGGUUCGUUCAAAGUGUUGAAUUCGUGAGGGAGUCUUGAAAUUUGCGGCGAACCAGUUUUCUAGACCUUGAAAAAGUCUAGAAAAAUGGGGUAAAUCUAAAUUUGCAACGCUGUCUCUUGAAUUGUGCAGAUUUAGGACCCGAAAAACUCCUUUCCGGUGGUCCGGAACAAUUAUUAGAUUUUUUUGCUAAUCAAGCAGGUUUUCUUACUACCUUGCCCAAUUAGCAAACCACCUUGCAACUGCAGUAGAACCUCCCUAACUCGAACUCUGAAGGGAAGCGAAAAACAGUUCAAGUUAGCGAGAAUUUGUGUUAUCGGGUUCGAUUCCAAAAUUCAAUUUUCAGUGUUAAAAAUUGAUAGUUACUGAUUUUUCAGCACUUCCGGCAGUGUAUAGUGCUACUGCAGUGCAAGUUUAACUUAUUUAUCAGAAACGGUAAUGUGAUUAGGCAUUUUUUAUGAUAAAACGUCAUCUGUUCGAUGCACCAGUUAAAAUCAAAUUGCCGUUAAGUGUUAGCCAGUGUUAGAUUUUUUCUUUUUUCUGAUUGUGUAACAAGAACAGCUAAAAGAAUGGUAUGCGAGUAGAGUUACAAGAACCAGAAUUCGAGUUAUCGGGGUAAUUUUCAGUGACUUUUUGGAUGCUAGUUAUCCGAGUUAAAGUUAUCCGAGUAAAAAUGACUGAAAAGUGGGGUGAAAUCUGAGGGAAAUUGGACUAGUAGUUCAAGUUAUCCGAGUUCGAGUUAACCGAGUAAAAAUGACUGAAAAGUGGGGUGAAAUCAGAGAGGGAAAUUGGACUCAAGUUAUCUGAGUUCGAGUUGUCGGGGUUCUACUGUAAAUCAAUAACUUAGACAAGUGAGCAAUGGCCCCAGGAAAGCAAAGGUCGAGAGCUACGUGUCCAAAUGACAAGCUGGAAUUAAAGUUCUUUUUCGCACCCUAAACUGCACCUGAAAAAUGUACGGUAACGUACCCUUAUGGUGAGUAAAAUGGUGAGAACCAGUCGUCAACAAGUGACAUUAGCUUGGUUUCCUCUAAUCGUUCUGAUCGUCUCGUCAUUGAUCCAAAAAUGUCUCCAUACGAUCCACAGGAGUAUAUGUGUAUAAUACUCUUUUUGGGAAAGUAUUGGCCAAAUAGGUCAUCCCUGCCCUGUGCUCGAAUCUCCAAGACAUUCCUGACUAAUUACCACUGGUCGUGACUGGCCUGGCCAUGAUUGGCCUGUUAAAAAAGCUAUUGUCAAUUUGCCAACCAGGUUGAAGGCGUGUUCGAAACUCAUUUCCGGUAAUUCAUAGAGUCCGUAUGCAGUGGCGGAUCCAGGGGAGGGGCCAUUCCCCCCGCCCCCCCUCCCUUAUUUUUAGACCGAAAUGAGGCCCGUAGGGCCGACAAAAAAAAAUUGAGACCGUGCCCCCCUUAUGUCAGAGUCUGGAUGACUGCCCCCCCCCCACCCAUCUGAAAGUUUGGAUCUGUCACUGGUCUGUGACGCAGGUUACCAGCCAGGAUAGGUCAGUUUUCUUCCUAGUGGCGAAGAGCCAGAAACGGCUGUAUUCUUCGGCUUCUAAAAUGUAGGCGUCCCAGUAGCCACGUAAAAUUAAGGUGUUUGAAGUCAUCUUCUACACUCAACUGAUAACCGCUGACCGUUUAGGAAACGCCUAUGGCAUCGCUUCCUUUCUCAAAAAUUGUCUGUUACAAUAGCGAUUAAAGAUUUGUUAUUUUUCCCGUUGAAAUAGAUUCAGAGAGUGGAGAGACCAAGCUAGAGCUGCACAAAAUGUCUACUACUAUUCCAUUCUAUGGAGUGCCAGAUCUGGCAGAAGUUCUUGGUAAGUACAUUAACCGAAGCUGCCCAGUUAUAUAGAAGAUCUUUAGAUUCUAAGACGAGUGCAACUGCGAGUACGAGAUUUUGUCAACACUAACUAGCUGGGCGCGCGCGUGAACCAGCGUCAUUUUGGCGGGAAAAAGUGAUAGCCGCGUCGUCAUUGUACUACGUGUUUUAGCGAUAAAAGGUAACAGUCCUGACCUAUUUGGUGAAAAAACUUGCAAAGAAGCUUUCUGGGGUGGUUAUCUUUUGAGAAUAAACGCGAAAGCUAUAACCCGUCAAAUUUCGUCCUCCUAGUUGUUCUUGUCCUCGAAUCUAAAGGUCUCUAUUGAGUAAACACAUUAGCGCAUCGACUUGGGCUUCGGUUCGUCUUCCCUGAGCAAGCAUUUAGUCCCACACAGUUUUGUUCCCGUUUUGUAUUGGCUGCCUUGUUACCCUGCUGGCAGAGGUUUUUUUAGCAUUUACGAAGUCGUUUUCAUUGCAUUCUGGUUUGUAGAGUGCCUUCCACAUGUACGUUCACUUUUUCUAUUUCUUGCAUCUCGGGUGAACGUUAUUUUGGCUUUACGAAAACUAACAAAGUGAAAAAGAUUGAGCAUAAAUUGACAACAAAUUCCUCAAGAGGAUGGUUGCCUUCACCCAACAAUUCUCAGUAGUUAUUAUAGGGGCCUCCAGUUUCUAUUUCAUGUCUGCCGUCUACUUGCAUUGAAUUUCACAUAGGAAAAGUUUGAGAAAAAUUAUUAGUAAACCUUCAGAAGAUUAGCCUUAAGAGACCACUCUUCUUUCCUAUGUUUUCUAUUUUAGAACUCGUGAAUCAACAAAAUGGCGACAGUAAUUCCAACUCUUUGGCAAGCUGCAGACCAUUUAAGGUUAUCCACUAUCUACAGGUUUGUACACCUCAACAGGCUUGUUAUCUUGUUUACACUGCGGAUUCAAGUUCACUUCUACAGUUAACUUGUGUUUGUUUAUCAGAAAGCGGUCUUAUUAGUGUUAAAAAUAAGGUAAGGAAAUCACAAGAUAGUCCACUGUAAAUACGAUGUUUUAACUGAGAAGAUAUGUUUCAAAAUGUUUAGAACGCUCAGCCCUUUUUAGCUGGGUUUAACUCACAAAAGUGUCGAACGCAAAAUUGCAUGGGAUUACAUGAACUGAUAGUCCUCAGAACUGAAAGAGCGAUGUGCCAGAAGGUACCUCUGGUGGUUGUUUCUUGGUGUUGCAGGAAAACAUUAUUGGUUAGCUAAUGUUUUGUUUUUUUACUAUUGUUCAGUGUCUUUUCAAUCUUUUUCGUUACGUCAAUUGGUGAAAACCAAGAAACGAGCAAAAAAAUUUACCAAAAAGUGUGAUGCAUGUGCAGAGAUGUUUUUUUUUUUUGCUUAUGAAACUUAUCGGUUUUUUACUCUAAUUUACUCUCUCGUUGCGCAGCAACCUAUUCUCGGCCGUUACUACAGAAACUGCACAGUACUUUUUAAUAAAUAAUGACGACAACCAAAUCCUGCUGUUUUACCCAAGACACGAAUACAAACAAAGCUGCAAUAACAAAAGCGACUUGAGGUUUCCCGAUAUUUCGGAAGAAGAAGGACGGUUUGUCCCUCCGAAAUAUCUGAAAACCUAAAGUCGCUUUUGUCUUUGCUUUUUAAAGUGCCUGUGCGGGAUUUUUUUUCGUGUUCUCUCCUCAAUUUGCAGUGAGAAAGGACGAGUGACCAGAGCCUGAAAUUCAGCUUUUGAAGGCAGUUAACCCAAACAGCUUGUUUUAAUUUUUUUUUCCAUUUUUGUUUAUGUAGGGCGAGGCGGUUCGAGUGGCUAGAGGCCUGAGUUCCCGGAUGAGUAGAAGCGAAGUCAGUGACAUAAUCUCCCGGAUGACCAAUCAGAUUCCAGAAGAUACGAGGACUUGCGUUCAUGGCCGACCAUUCUUCGAAAAGAUUGCGCAGAUUGAAAGCGAAUAAUUGCAUUCAAAACUGGUCGUUUCGAUACAAAGUCGUUUCGAUACAAGUCGUUUCGAUAAUAACUCAAGCAGUGAAAUUCCACAAAAAUUUCGAUCACUUCAA